UUGCGAUAGUCGCCAUAGCUAUGGUAGGGACCCAUCACGGUGCCGAACUAUGCUUCGUUAGCUCCACAUGGCCACCGCAAGCGGAUUCGUUAUCGCUGCCAGGCGAUGAUAUACACAUCAUGUCGCGUUCCAUGCCCAUUACUCUUGGGCAAUUAAUGCACAUCUGCCUGGAUGCGUUUGCUCUUCAUUCUGGCAUAUGCCGCUCAACUAACGCUCAUCGCAGGCCACCUUUGGACCACGGGGUUUAGUAACGGUGACCUCAAGACCCCACUCUUCGAAGAUGUUGUGCCUACCUUGGAAGCUUGGAAAGCUGCUGGUAAGAAGCUAGCCAUCUUCUCCUCCGGCAGUGUGCAAGCGCAGCUCCAAUUCUUCUCUUAUGUUCGAGACGGUCACACGACCAAGGACAUCAAGCCCCUCUUCUCGGCGCACUACGAUACUGUCAAUGCGGGUCCAAAGCUGGAGAAGAGUUCGUAUGAGAAGAUAUGCUUUGAGCUAGGUCAAGAUACCUCCAAGGUCGCAUUCUUAACAGACAACGUGAAAGAGGCCGAAGCUGCGACCCAAGCGAACGUGUAUACCAUCGUCGUUGAUCGCCCGGGCAACGCUCCCCUAUCGAACGAAUCAAAGCAGCGCUUCCCAGUCAUACAGAAAUUGACCGAUCUGCCUUCGAUAUAGAUGAACUCCCCGGUAAUAUGAUAGGUGGUUGGACAUGAGCGUACGACCGCGCAUUUCAAAAGCAGCGAAAAGGUACAUGGCCACACAAAGCAAGGAUAGCAGAUAAGCAAAUACCCAUUCAAACGUCUCAGCAUCCGC